AUGUGUAUUACCACCUCGUUCAAUAACACACAAGAUAUGCAUAGUUCAAAGAAUAAAUCGACGAAUAAUUUGUUACAUAUAAAAAAGACACAAUUGUCAUCCACCAUUAAUUUAUUCAAAAUUAUUUUUGGUUUAAUAUCUGUGCAGAUUGCUUCUAGGACCUAUGAGCCUCCUCAUGAGGGUAUUGUAUCUCUUUCAAAGUUACAUAAUAAAAUUGGAAACAUAGCUCCGUCGUUGAAUGGACCGUGUUUUGGAGAUGGUGAUUUAUGGUGCGUAGAGAAUUUAUGUGAGGAUGAACUAUGUUCUUCCGAAUCUAAAUCUUAUAGACAAGGGAUUUGUGAUGCUAUUAUAAAAAGUAUGAAGGGAAAUGUAUCUUCUAGUGAACAAGAGUGGAGUUCGACUUCAUUAGAUCUUGGGGCUUCAUUUUCUACAACAAGAAAUCCUUUUGUUUGGCGAACUGAUUUUACAAAUAAUCAUAAUAAAUCUUCUUCUUUAAUUAGUAACAUUAGCUAUGGUCCAACUAGAUUUAGUGUGAAUGAAUAUGAGGUGUUUUGUGUUAGUAAAACUGAUAUCGCCGAUGUGCCCAUUAAUUCUAAAAAAUUUAGACGUGGUAAAAAAAGGCUAACCCUUGUUGAGAAAUAUCACACUCCUAUGGAUAAGGAAGGGUGGUGGGAAUGUAAUUAA